GACGCCACGAGAGGGAGAGGCGCUCGCUCGCCUUCGCUGCCAGAAAGCCAAAGGCUGAGUUGGAAGAAGAAAAAAGAGGGAGAAGCGUAGCAGAGGUUGCGUCCUACUGCUGCCGCCCGUGCCCGUGCUCGUGCUGUGCUGCUCCUUCCUCUUCAUCGACCGUCUCCUCCUCCGACGAGAGAGAGAGAGAGAGAGAGAGAGAGAGAGAGAGAGAGAUCAGUUCUUGGAUUUGUUCGAGCGAAGCCGGCCGUGAUGGGAUCGAACGAGCAGAUCCACCGCGACAUGGUCAUCAUCGACACGGAUCCCGGCAUCGAUGAUAGCAUGACGAUCCUUAUGGCAUUCAGAGCUCCAAGCGUGGAGAUCAUAGGGCUCACAACCAUAUUUGGCAAUGUCAGCACACAGAAUGCGACUCGGAACGCACUUUUACUGUGUGAGAGAGCAGGACAUCCUGAUGUUCCAGUAGCAGAGGGCAGCCCUGAGCCUCUCAAGGGAGGAGAGCCACGUGUUGCUGACUUUGUUCAUGGGUCUGAUGGCCUUGGGAAUUUGUUUCUCCCUGCACCUACAACCAAGAAGGUUGAGGAAAGUGCUGCUGAGUUCAUGGUUAAUAAGGUCUCUCAGUUUCCUGGAGAGGUUUCUGUGCUAGCAUUGGGACCCCUGACAAAUGUGGCACUGGCCAUCAAACGGGACUCUUCCUUUGCAAGCAAGGUGAAGAAAAUAGUUGUACUGGGUGGUGCUUUCUUUGCGGCUGGAAAUGUCAACCCGGCUGCCGAAGCAAAUAUACUUGGAGAUCCAGAAGCAGCUGACAUAGUAUUUACCUCAGGAGCUGAUAUUGAUGUGGUUGGCAUUAACAUAACAACUCAAGUCUGUUUUACAGAUGAGGAUCUCCUGGAGCUAAGAAACUCAAAAGGGAAGCAUGCACAGUUCUUAUGUGACAUGUGCAAGUUCUAUAGAGACUGGCAUGCUAAAUCUGAUGGCUUCCAUGGAAUUUUUCUCCAUGAUCCUGUGAGCUUCACUGCUCUAAUUCAACCCGAGUAUUUCACUUUCAAGAAGGGUGUUGUGAGAGUUGAAACCCAGGGCAUCUGCACUGGUCACACUUUGAUGGACCAGGGAUUGAAAAAGUGGAAUUCAGAGAAUCCAUGGUCUGGCUACAAACCAAUCUCAGUUGCAUGGACUGUUGAUGUGCCAAAGGUUCUUGCAUUCGUGAAGAAGCUCCUCCUGGCACCAUGAGCGAUUCUACGCAUUUUUUUUCAUGCUUUCGGAUACACAACCAAAUUGAACAAAUACAGAGUCUCUCUCCCAGCUACCUUGUAAGUUGUAAUUAGGUUCUGGAAACAGGAAGCUUUUCUGUUCCUCCAUGAAUAGUAGGAUGGUUGUUUUGAUUAUUGAGUUCAAGUCUGGUGGCUCAGGUCAACCUAUUUCCACCUAAGAACAGAAUAAGGAUGUGUUGAUCUGGGCCAGUAGGCAUCAGGCUUGACGGUCAAAACAAUAGUAUUAUCUUACUUAUUACAAGUAUAUAGGAGGGUUGGAAGCUUCCUAACGAAAAGAAAAUAUGGUAAAUUGAAAUUCUGCAUACAAGAGACAGCAGCAUUGUUACAUAUUGUUUCAGACAUUUGUUCCAUAUAUAUAUAUACAUUUCAAAUUUGAAACCAGUUUGCCACUCGCCUUGUUACUGUGUGCUAAUUGUCA